ACGAUUUCAAGAAGAGUAUGGAGAAAGACAAGAUGUCUACGAUCUCGUCGACAACCGUGACGACUACGGUGUAUGAUCAUAGCGUUAAGACGAGUCCGGGGAAGGGGUCAUCUCUUUCCGUUGCGAGCUCCUCAGCCACGAUUGGCCGUGACAUUUAUCGGCAAUUCGUUACGUACCCUCAAGACGUGUCCAUUCCUUCUAUUCGUGAUCUAGCAACCCGUUCUCUUGUGGGCAGGAUUCGCGUACGUUUGCGACUUUGGAGAAUAUCCUCCCGAAUCCGGAAAUCCCAAAACAUUCCUGAUCAAUUCUACGAGGAUCUUAUCGAACUGCAGAGACCAUCGGCGUAUUCCUCUGCUGUCAGUUCUAAAGCUUGGAAUCUUCUCAUCAAGCAGAUCGUUCCGUCCAGUAUCAGGGCAAUCGUCGAUAUUCUGUUGACGUUCUCCAGACAAGACGUUGUUUCCUUGCUCAGUCGUUUGGCACUUCUCGAUGACAUGCGGACCCCUUGGCGGGGGUCGAAACCUUCUCUAUUUUGCCUAAUAUUUCGAGAGUUGCAGCGGAGAACUGAUGGUUUGGAUGUCGUCAACAGCGGAUUCACUCUCACCUCCGUGGCCUCGCUGCUAACUCGACGGCACCAAGUCCAGUCAAAUCUACCUAUUCAUCGGUUCUUGGAUGCCCUCAUCAAGAGUAUAUCUUCCUCUUCAGACGUUUUCUCCGUUCUGCAAGACUGGGAUAUGCCGUUGGCUGGCCAGUGUUUCCUUCAAUUUAUCCUCACCAGUCCACAUAAUAAGGACUAUACCCACUUCAUGGUCGACUAUAUCAUGGCAUGUAUACACGCGUUCGUCCCUCGUCUAUCUUCAGAACUCUAUAGGACUGUUGUCUUGAACAACCAUCCAUCUCUACUCGAGAUGCGUAGCAGCCUAGUGGUAUCCGAUAUGCAUCCCAUGUUACCAUUCAUCAGGUUUGCCUCGCAUCUCGCAUUUCAUAGUUCCCUCGCAACAGAUCUGUUCAUCGAGACAGGAGUCUUGCACAUCAUCUCCAAACUCUGGCUUUACGGCAUCCCGAGUCCUAACGCUGUCAGCCCGCUGAAUAGCCCAGACGACUGGAAAGUCUUUUCAGCGGGGAAGAACAAUGACAUGCGUGUCGCUUGUCUCCUCUUGCUCGGAGCAUUCAUUCGACAUCGGCCAACAAUUUGGGAAUUUGUGGACUAUCUUCUUUACAUGCAAAUCAAUGUCUUUUGUGUGCCUACGAUAGAUGCACGUUUUCCCGAGAUGUAUCCGGAGGAUUGGACGAAACACACCGUUAUACCGCCCUUGUCGUUGUUCCUCACGGAAGCAUGCGUGGCAAACGGCGUCAAGAUCAAUGGCAAUGUUACGGGAGUCAUUGGGCGAUCGUGGACUCACGCAAUGAACCUACUGUCGGUGCAAGCCACGAGCAAAGGAGCGAUACAGGCCAAGGACAUCGCUGUCCGCAUCCUCCUUUCUUGCGCCUCCACUUCCGAGGAGCACUGGCGUCCAGUUAUCGAGUUUUUCUAUAGCUGGCAGUAUACCCGGAUUUUCAAAGCAUUCUCCUAUAUCAUCAACGACUACCUCCGAGCUACCGCGAGCGACAUAUACGCGGACCACUUCACUUUACCAGGUUCGACUGUCACCUUCCUCCAGAGACUGCACGCCAAUGCAAAAACGCGCGGGUCGGAAGUGACAAAUCCCAUUGAUAGGUUCAUCAUGUUGACUCGUCAAAUUGCCACAAGUUGUCGACCAUACGCUUUAGCAUUACGAGACGCAGGCAUGCCAGAUUUGCUCAAAGCGGUCCUUGACGGUAGGUACGACAAAUUCUUCACGGAAGAACGCGAGCUUCCACCUACCCCUUCCGACGACUCUACGAUCGCGGAUGAGAACUCUGUUCAUUCUAUCCAUUCCUCCACCUUAAGCAGAAGCCACUCGACUCCAGUCAAGCGCACUCCUUUCCAGGUCCGAGCGCGGGUAUGCAAUCAAAUGCUACUUGAGCUUGAGAGCACGAAUAUGAUGGACAAGUGCACGUACUCCGAACAUGCACUUCCGGGGGAGGCCAAUGGACGCAGUUCCUGAUGCCACAAUGAGGGGACUAGAGAAAAUCUAUAGGGAGACAUUGCAUGACGAGUAGAAAGCGUAGUAGAUGUAGCGGGAACAAAGCCCUUGUGCGGGAAUAUAACUUACUGUUGGAUGGUGUACGACGUCAGAACAUCCCGAUAUAUUAUUUAUAGCAUGUUAGCGAUUGACUGCCGCGUUGGCGUAGUGGUAGCGCGUCGCACUUGUAAUGCGAAGGUCACUCGUUCAACCCGGGUACGUGGCAUAGAUGGAA